UUUCUACUAUAAGUUCUCCAUCAACCCCCCAUUUCUUCAAUCUCUUUCUCUCCUUCCUUCAAAAAACCUUCCAAAAAAACCAAAAUCUUUUUUUUUGGGGGGAGAAAGAUCAGAAGAAAAUGAGAUCGAAAACCCAAUUCCCCAUUAAUCUCAACUUCAAGCUCAUUCUCAUCUGCUUUUUCUUCCUUUUCUUGAUCUUCCUAAUCCCAAGAUCAGUUUUCUCGCCGGCGGCGUCUUCUUCACCGUCAGUCCAUGCAUCAUCCUCCUCACGAGCUCCCUCGGAAAAUCAAGAACCGCCGGAGAAUCAAGAACCGACAACCACAGCCGCGGCGUGCCCUCCCGGCCGAACCCAGAGCUGCGAUAAGAUCCCGCCGUCGCUGGCGGAGGCGCUGGUGCACUACGUGACCACCAACAUCACUCCCCAGCAGACGAUGAAGGAAAUCUCGGUGUCGAUGAGGGUGCUGGCGAAGAAGUCCCCCUGCAACUUCUUGGUCUUCGGCCUCGGCCACGACAGCCUCAUGUGGACCUCCCUCAACCACGGCGGCCGGACCGUCUUCCUGGAGGAGGACCGCUCCUGGAUCAACCAGAUUCACCGGCAAUUACCCUCCCUCGAAUCCUACCAUGUCACCUAUGAUACUAAGGUGACUGAGGCGGACGAGCUCUUGCAAACAGGGGCGAGGGACGAUUGCCAGGUCGUCGGCGAUCCAAGAACGUCGAAAUGCCGGCUGGCUCUGAAGGGGUUGCCCAAAGAGGUGUACGAGAUAGAGUGGGAUUUGAUAAUGGUGGACGCGCCGACGGGGUACCACGACGAGGCGCCGGGGAGGAUGGCCGCCAUUUACACCGCCGGACUCAUCGCCCGGAACCGGGAAGGCGGCGAAACCGACGUCUUUGUUCACGACGUGGAUAGGGUUGUGGAAGAUAAAUUCUCCAAAACUUUUCUUUGCGAAGGGUACAUGAUCGAACAAGAAGGACGGAUUCGACAUUUCACCAUUCCCAGCCAUAAAGCUCGCGCCGGUAGGCCUUUCUGUCCACCGACAUAGAUAACAAAUUUGCCGGAAAUUUUACAGUGUCGAGGGUUAUAAAUCUAUAAUAUCGGGUGGUUUGUAGAAUUGUACCUUAUGCUUUGUAAGUUGUACAUUUCUUAUGUACUUCUGGUAAAGUAAAAGGUACAUACGAAUUGAUAGAAGCACACGAUAUUGUAAAAUUUACCGAGGAUUUAAAAUAAUUUGGGAAAAAUUUUACACGGCCGAGGGUUAUUUUGUUAUAAUGUUGGGUGCUUUGUGGGGCUCAUUGUACUUUGUGCUUUACAGGUUGUACUUUUUUCUUUGUGCUUCUGGUAAAGCGGAAGGUACAAUUUUAUAGAGCACACAGUAUUGUAAAAUUUGUGGAGGAUUUUUUUCAUGAUCUUUUUCAGUAAUUUCUAAUGAUAGUUUUUGAUAUAUAAACAAGUUAUGUUCCUUUUGUUGAUGCAAUAAUGUAUAGAGGUUCUCUAUUUCGCUUGGUGAUGAUAUUCAAUUUU